ACGCGAGCCGCGGCAGCUGCCAGGCACAGCCUCACCAUGAGCAGCCGCAACAGCUCCGAGCUCCCUGUCCUCUGUAGCUCCGGCCAGCUGUUCCUGCAGCCCCUCUGGGACCGCCUGAGGACCCGGGAGGCCCUCAUCCAGUCGCCCUUCUUCCCUGUCAUCUUCUCCAUCACCACCUACGUGGGCUUCUGCCUGCCCUUCGUGGUGCUGGACGUCCUGUACCCCUGGGUGCCCGCGCUGCGGCGCUACAAGAUCCACCCCGACUUCUCGCCCUCGGCGCGCCAGCUGCUGCCCUGCCUGGGGCAGACGCUCUACCAGCACGUGGUGUUCGUGUUCCCCGUGACGCUGCUGCACUGGGCCCGCGGACCGGUCCUCCUGCCACCUGAAGCCCCGGAGCUGCUCCAGAUGGCGCGUCACGUCGUGUUCUGCCUGUUGCUUUUCGACGCCGAGUUCUUCUUGUGGCACGUGCUGCACCACAAGGUGCCCUGGCUGUACCGGACCUUCCACAAGAUGCACCACCAGAAUUCGUCCUCGUUUGCGCUGGCGACGCAGUACAUGAGCGUCUGGGAGCUGUUUUCCUUGGGCUUCUUUGACAUGGUGAACGUCACGCUGCUCGAAUGCCAUCCGCUCACCGUCCUGGUCUUCCACGUGGUCAACAUCUGGCUGUCGGUGGAGGACCACUCGGGCUACGACUUCCCCUGGUCCACGCACAGACUGGUACCUUUCGGGUGGUACGGGGGCGUGGCACACCAUGACUUGCAUCACUCUCAGUUUAACUGCAACUUUGCCCCUUACUUCACACACUGGGACAAAAUUUUGGGAACUCUGCGGUCUGCUUACACCAAGUAACACGCACCCCUCCUGGCUUGGUGGUGUGGCUGCAGUGGGCAGUGGUUGCCCCUCAGACUCUGUGCAUUUCAUGCUUGACUCAGGAGAAACACAUGUGAACUUUUUUUUUUAAAGUAACUUAUUACCUGAUGGAAACUUAUGGAUAAAAUCUGAUAAAGUAAUAUAUAUAAUGUUUGUAUAUCAACAAUUGUAUUCUUGGUGUAGAAUUUUAGCUGGCUUUUU